AUGGAUAUUCAUAUUUGUUUGAAUACUGGGCUAUCGUAUCUUUGGCGUUGUCUCGUUAAUUUUUGUUCACCAGAGCCGUGCUUCUCCUCUUUCCUUAUCCCGCUUCUCUUCGCAAUGGAAAUUGGCAUUCCCGUUGAAAUUCAGGGGAAGUAUGGCGAAUAUUACCCGGGUUUCAUAUAUAGUUUGCAAUCUCUGCAGACAUUUUGUGUUCGAAUUUUUGGCACCAAUCCCAACAGCCAGCCUGCCGAACUGUGUGUUCCGCCUUCCGUAUUAAGGCCUCCGGCCGAUGGCCGUAGCCAUUCGAAUGUCAACCCACAAGAUCUUUUAAUCGGCCAAGAAGUGGAUGUCCUAAUUGGAGGAAAAAGAGGGGAUACCUCUUCACAAUCUGGUGGCCUAACAACCGCAUCCCUCGUCUUUUCUUCGUGGUGGACCGGGACUGUAUCCAAAGUUCGCGGAGAUUUCGUUGUAGUAAAUUUAAAUGCGGAGGAUAUAGGAAGCGUUAGCGCUCCUGCUACAGAGGUUAGUACGCUUCCCGAUGGCCGAGUUGAUUCACCAUUAAUGCGCCCAAUCGAGAAAACUGAAAUUGUUGAAAAGGACCAACUGAGAUUGCGUAAUCUUCAGCCAAACUUAAAUCCCAAAAGUUUUUAUACUCAUGUGAUUGAUGUCCCCGACUGCCUUGUUGAUUACUUCCAUGAUCCACAAAACUUCCAACCUCUUGCUCUCAAAUGUGGUUUUCCUGUCCUUGUUUGUCCUGCCCCUGAUGGACUAGUUGCAACAGGUGGUGGAAAGUUGGAUGGUGAAACGUAUAACAAGGCAAGCAGACUCGUCGUUGUAUCAACACAACCUGUAUGCAUUGAACGUGCUGCAUUAAUAGAAAAAGAGUUUAUUAGAAUGUCCAAGAAAAAGAUGCUAUUGAAAAAGCAAAUUGAAGAAAAGUCCGAAAGACUCAAGUCCCACUUUGUCGAAGAGUUUACCGUCCAGAAGGCCUUGCUAUCUCAAGCGAUUGGGAUUCAAAGAUGCAAUAUCCAUCGAGCAAAUGCCGUUCCUGGAAUUCUCUGUGUAGAAGUUGAUCGUGACUCCUGCGUAUUUAAGAUCACUGGGAAGACACGAGAAUCGGUUAAACAGGCUCGCGCCCUCCUUGACUACGCUGUUGAGGUUAUGCAAGUUCCCAAGAUUUAUGUCACUUCCUUGCUUGGGCAUAAUAAUCGAAAUAUUCAAGCCUUAGUUGAUCGAGUUGGACUUGGGCGAAUGGUUGUAGUUAGCGCAAGUGAGGCGACGGUGGAUGAUUGUGUUCCUUUUCGAUUCACUGGGACUCGUCAAGCAAUUAGGGACGCCCGAUUGUUCUUGGAAUUUAACAUUGUUAGUCUUCGAGAAAUCGAUCGAAUUCGCGGCCAUCCAGUGCCAUCACUUACGGACUUGAUGAUUAAAAUAAAAGCAAUCUCAGCUACUGAGGAACAAGAUUACCUUAAAAAUAAUGACGAUACUUUAAGUAAUUCGAAAGUCGCUGACCGCGACAAAGUUGUCCCUGUUAGCGUAAGUUUACAUAGGAGAAAUAGGCCACCUCCACAAAACCAACAUCAGAUUCAAUCUCAUGGGGAGCGAACUAACGGGGCUGGAAUGGAUUGCUCUGGUUCAAACCAGGGUGCUGCGAGUCGGCCCAUUUCAGAGAUAGAUGCAGGUGGCGCCGGGGAUGUUUCCAAUAAUCCUGCCGGGCCGAAUGCCAGCGGAACAAAUAGUUAUAGACGAAAAAGAGGUGUGCGCCGAGGUGGCUACGGAAACGGACCUGCUGGUUUGGGGAAUACUAACAACAAUGCAUUACUUCAUCCCAAUGGAGAUGAGCCCCUACCACCAAGAAAAUCAGUUCCAUCCUCUACGGAUAACUUGGGGUCUCGUCCGAAAUACUCAACGAGCGACACUAUUGAUGCCAAUGGCAACUAUUCCCGCAUAAAUGGACAUGCCUCGGAUCAACGGUCUGAUGAGCCUGGUAUUUGGAAUCGGGGUAGAUCCAACCUCGGAAGCGCCAAUCGCCAAAAACGCCAGCCAAAUAGCAAGGGUUCUUUUGGUGCAUCGAUAAAUGAUAAUACUGCCACUCCAUUUUUGGCUCCGAACUGA